AUGACGCUCACACCCAUCGUCUUUGCAUUUCAGAACCCCGCAGCGAUUAAUCGACUCUAUCCAUAUAUUACUUAUGGCCUAUGGCCGGCGGAUCUCCCAAAUGGGAAUCAAACACUUUCCAACGAUCUCGUUGAAGCGCACCUACCCAAUAUAUCGGGCCCGGUAUCAUUCCUUCAGGCUAGCAUAGCAAACACUCUGAACACCGAGAAUGAGUGGGAAUUUGUCUGGAAAAUGGAUUGGACAAACUGCUCUACACCGGCUAAUGGGACCACUUCCGACAAUGAACGUAGGCUAGUCGAAAAGCCUGAUGUCACCUUGAUGAACUAUUGGGCUGGCCGUUCCAUCCACUUCACUACGAAAAAGGGGGCAAAUCAGCCCAAUUUCACUGCUCUCACCACCGGUGACAAGUGCAGUGAUACCUCGGCCCUUGCGUUCAACGUCACGAAAACUCUGAGAGCCCAAACAGGUUACUACGAAGGCGAAAUGUGCGCCGUGCUCCAGAGUCCGGCGCCUACUGCUGCUCCAUGCAAGAUUAUUAUCGCGCCUGCGGCCGCCUCAAGUAUCUCGUCUACCCUCACUGCAGGACAGUGCAUUGCUGCUACCCCUGCAAUAAGCUGCCCAGCCAGGAACGGCGGGGCUUAUAUCGACGAGGUAACUUCUCAGUUGAAGUGGUGGGCUGCCGGCGUAUUGCUUGUUGGAAAGUUUUUGAUUUAG